AAGCACGAAAUUAUAACUAUGUCAAAAAUGGGAUUGAAUGUCAAAAUUUGCACGACUUUAGUUGCAAUAUUAGUAAUAGGGAAUAACUACAUGAUUUCAAGAGGAGCAAUGGCUCAAUCUAACUGCAUGAAUGCAUUUUUAAGCAUGUAUUCAUGUCUUAGCUAUGUCACUGGAUCAACACCAAGAACACCACCGUCGAGCUCUUGCUGCUCCGCCCUCUCAGGGAUGCUGCAAUCGCAGCCAAGGUGUCUUUGCACCGUUGCUAAUGGAGGUGGUUCGUCGUUAGGAGUUCAAAUUAAUCAAACUCUUGCACUUGCAUUACCUGCUGCAUGCAACCUUAAAACUCCUCCUGUUAGUAGAUGUUAUGAUGAUGGUAAUGAACCGGCAAUGUCUCCAAUCUCAAGGGGCUCUCUAGUAGGCUCGCCAGAGGGUUCAUUUUCGGACGAGACUGCGGAUCCUCCAAUGCCAGGGCUCGAGGAGAACUGGGUGUAGCAAUACGUUGCUGAGUUUUCAUCUAGGAGUUCUAAAGAAGUUUGUUACAUAAAUUAGCAAUACAUUUUAAUGUAAUGUCAUGUUAUGAAAAUUAUGUUGUGGGGUGAUUUAUAUUAGUAAUUACUUGUGUACUGUUUUCCUUCAUUUCUGUACUGUCCUAGCAAUGAACUCCAAAAGUUUGAAUUUAUUUGGCA